CCUCCUCCUUUCCUUCCCCGUCCUCGCCUUCAGCUCCGCCUUGACGACGUACCUUACGUCUGACAAAGUCGCCGUCGCCGUCGUCGCCAUCGCUCGCUCGCCAUCGCAGGCAUGGCGUCGUGGCUUACACCCCUUCUCACUUCGUCCCUCGACGUCGAUGUGCGCCUACUAGACGGCAACGUCUCGACGGACGAGACGCGCAAGCAGGUCGAGGUCAAAAUCGAAAAGGACCGAAAGGAGAUUUGCCCCGUCUACUUUGAUGGCGAGACUGUGCAAGGAGAAGUGGUCAUCAGGAGCAGAGAUGGCAAGAAGUGGGCACAUGAUGGGAUCAGAAUUGAGUUGGUCGGGGGGAUAGAGCUCUUCUACGACAGAAAUCAGCACCACCCCUUCCAAUCCCUCUCACGGUCUCUUGCACCCCCAACCCCCUCAAAUGCGCCCUCCGUCGUUCUACCCUUCUCCUUUCCCAACGUAGAGAAACCCUACGAAUCCUACCAUGGCAUCAAUGUACGGCUACGCUACUUUCUACGCAUCACCAUGAACAGGAGAAUGGCCAGCGGUGGGGAUCUGAUCAAGGAGAAGGAGAUCUUUGUACAGAGUUACAGGAUUGCGCCGGAGGUAAACAAUGCCUUGAAGAUGGAGGUGGGCAUUGAGGAUUGUCUGCAUAUCGAGUUUGAGUACAACAAGAGCAAGUAUCACCUCAAGGACGUCAUCGUAGGCAAGAUCUACUUCCUCCUCGUACGAAUCAAGAUCAAGCAUAUGGAGCUCAGCAUCAUUCGAAGGGAGACGACGGGUACUCCGCCGAAUCAGUACAACGAGUCAGAAACGAUUACCAAAUUCGAGAUCAUGGAUGGAGCGCCCGUACGAGGAGAGACGAUUCCCAUUCGACUCUUCUUGGGCGGCUUCGACUUGACGCCGACGUUCAGGGAUGUGGCCAAGAGGUUCUCGACGAGGUACUACCUCAACCUGGUACUGGUAGACGACGAGAACAGGCGGUACUUCAAGCAGCAAGAGGCAGUCCUUUACCGCAUACCCGACAAUUGAUGUCUGUCUCAUCUGUCUCUCCUUCUAUGUAUCGUUGCCUCUGUAGUGCGCCAAACCGCAUCGUCUUCACCCGGG